CCGGAAGGCGCUCACGUCGUCUCUAGGCGGAGGAAGUAGUCAGCCACGGUCAGCCUCCAUCUUCGAAACCGCCGUUACGACAAUUAGCUUGAGGGGGAAACUGAAAAAGGGAAUACAGUUGGGAAUCUGCUAUUGGAGGUGCAUGAACCAUGAGCGGGCUCAAUGUUAAAAAGCUCAAAGUGAAUGAGCUAAAAGACGAGCUUCAGCGUCGAGGCCUUGACACUCACGGAUUGAAGUCGGCUCUGGUGGACAGGUUGCAGGCAGCGCUGGAGGCCGAGGCUGCUGGUUCAACUUCGGAUGCACCCGGCAAGCAGGAACAAGAGUAUGAGGAUGAAGGUAGGGAGCAAGAUUCUGGAGAAGAAUCCAAGGCACAGUUUGACGAUGGAAACAGCACAGACCUCUUCCAGGGUGACUAUGAUAAUCAGGGAGACGAGAAUAACCGAGCCAAUGAAGACAGCACCGAGACCCCGGCCCCUGGUUUUGAAACAAGUGAUUUUACAGCAGAUGAUGGUCAGGAUGAGUUUCAGGAGCCUGAGGUCCAGCAGUCCGAACCGACCAUGGAACAGGAGGAUGAGAUAAACCAAGGGUAUGAAGAAACCCAUUUAAAACAGGAACCACAGGAGGAGCAGAAGUUUGAGGACUCCGCUUCACACCAGAUGCCAGAGGAAGACUCGAGUCAACGCAACCAGCAGGAAGAAUCAGAGGGUUAUGAGGUCAAGACAGAAGAUGGUGUUCCCCAGCAGGAUGAACAAGCCAGUGAAUGGCGUGAAGGGGAAGCACAAGUCAAAACAGAAGAUGACAAGUACAUGUCGUACAGUCGCAAGAGGUCAUAUGACGACAGCAGAGGAUAUGGUUACUACGAGCAACGUGAUGACAGGAGGGGAAGAUCACCACAGCCUCCGGCUGAGGAGGAGGAAGAGGACAUUGAUGAUAAACUUGUAGUCCUUGACACCUAUAAUUGUGACCUGCACUUCAAGGUGGCUCGUGACAGGUACAGUGGCUACCCUCUGACCAUUGAGGGGUUUGCCUUCCUCUGGUCAGGAGCUCGAGCCACCUAUGGUGUCGCCAAAGGCCGUGUAUGCUUUGAACUGAAGAUAAACGAGGAAAUUUCAGUAAAACACCUUCCUACCAGCGAGCCUGAUCCUCAUGUGGUGAGGGUUGGAUGGUCCUUGGAUUCAUGCAGCACUCAGCUCGGCGAAGAACCGUUUUCUUUUGGUUACGGCGGAACUGGCAAGAAAUCCUCCAACUGUAAAUUUGAGGACUACGGGGAGAAGUUUGGUGAAAAUGAUGUCCUUGGUUGCUACAUUGACUACGAAAGCAGUGAGGAAGUGGACAUUACAUUCUCCAAGAAUGGCAAAUCGCUGGGCUCCUGUUAUCGUGUCACUCAAGAAGAGCUUGCUGGUCGUCCUCUCUUCCCACAUGUAUUGGUGAAAAACUGUGCUGUGGAAUUCAACUUUGGACAGAAGGAGCCUUUCUUCCCCCAGCCAGAAGGCUUCACGUUCCUUCAGGAUGUCCCGCUGGCAGACAGAGUCAGAGGCACAGUGGGUCCUGCCACUAAAGCUGAUUGCGAGAUCCUGAUGAUGGUUGGUCUUCCUGGAAGUGGAAAAACCACCUGGGCCUCGAAACAUGCAGAAGAGAACCCAGAAAAGAAGUACAACAUCUUGGGCACAAAUGCUAUCAUGGAUAAGAUGAAGGUCAUGGGACUUCGCCGCCAACGUAACUACGCCGGGCGAUGGGACGUACUCAUUCAACAGUCUACGCAGUGUCUCAACAGGCUAAUCCAGAUCGCUGCCCGGAAAAAGCGCAACUACAUCCUUGACCAGACAAAUGUAUAUGGAUCAGCCCAGAGACGAAAAAUGCGUCCUUUUGAAGGUUUUCAACGCAAGGCUAUUGUAAUUUGUCCCACGGAUGAGGAUUUAAAAGAGCGAACGUUAAAGCGAACUGAUGAGGAAGGGAAGGAUGUUCCCGAUCAUGCUGUGUUAGAAAUGAAAGCGAACUUUGUACUGCCCGACGCCGGCGAGUUCCUGGACGAUGUGAAAUUCAUCGAGGUGCAGCGGGAAGAAGCGGACACUAUCGUCAAGCAGUACAAUGAAGAAGGUCGCAAAGCAGGCCCUCCACCGGAGAAGCGCUUCGAUAACCGCCAAGGUGGUUUCCGCGGACGCGGUAACUUCCAGCGCUACGACAACCGCGGCGGAUCUCAGAGCGGUAGAGGUGGUUAUCAGAGUCGGGGUGGCCAGGGAGGUGGAGGCUUCCGAGGAGGAUAUAAUCGUGGAGGCUACAAUCAGAAUCGCUAUGGAAAUAACUAUAGAGAUGGAGGCUCAGGAGCCCGUGGAGGAUACAACCGCAGCCAGCAGUCUGGAGGCAGCUACACCCACAACCGCCAGGGAUCCUACAACAAGAGCGGAAGUGGAACCGGAAGCGGAAGCAAUGGAGGCUACAGCCAGUCCCAGCCUCAGACUUACAACCAAGGCUACAACCAAGGCUACAACCAGGGCAACUAUAACCAAGGUUAUAACUAUGGAAGCUACAGUCAGUAUCCAGGAUACAGCCAGAGCUACAGUCAAGCCCCAGCACCCACAGGACAGACUUACAACCAGCAGCAGCAAAGCUAUAAUCAACAGUAUCAACAGUAUGCUCAGCAGUGGCAGCAGUACUACCAGAACCAGAGCCAGUGGAACCAGUACUAUAAUCAAUAUGGCAACUACGGCAGUUACAACCAGCAAAAUACCCAAGGCGGUCAGGGCGCCCAGGGAACGCAGUAGUAGCAUCGCAGCCCUUUUGGCUCAUUCCCUAAGCAGCAUUCCUCACCCUGUUCUGCUUUUCAUUUUUUGUGAUCCCUCCCCCGGUACCUAGUCGUCCCCAUUUUUGCCUGCUCUCUGUAAAAGUUUAUUCUUUCCCUAUUUAUGCCAACCUUAAAGGUAACCACCUCUUCAGUAUUCUGAGUUGUGGUGGCAGUUAUCCUCUUUUUGCUUCUCUACUAAAUAUUUGUUUACAUGCAACUUGAUCUUUGACAUUUUUUUCUCUGUGUACUUGUAGAUGAGAAGUUUGGCAUUUGAAAUUAGUAAUGUGUGGUCUAGUCCCCUCCAAAAAGCCCACAUGCUGUGUUGUGCUCGAAUAGGAGCAGGAAGAAUAUUUUGAUCAGGCUGUGCACGAUUUGAUUCACAUCUGAUGUAUAGAGACAGGGUGUUUCUGUGUUCCAGUAGUUUUACCACUGAUUUUAUUUUUCUAUUAAGAUUAUAGAACCACAUUUUGCAGUUGAUGGUUAUGGGUAUUGUUCUAAGAUCAUACGCCUGUAUUUACUCAUCCAUUUAAGAACACAUAACGCUUUUGUCUAUGUAAAUCAUAUUGGAAAUUUGAAUAGCCUAAAUCUUGAAUAACAAAUCUUGAACAUCGAAUAACAUGUCUCAGACCUGUUGAGGUUAUCGUUUUCCUUUUUUUAUACCAUUUUUAAAAUGACUCUGAUUGGUCUGAUCUGUUCCUAUGUUGCAAAUUAGUAAUGAUCAAAACUAGCUCCUUGUGUGGAUAUGUUUUUACCUUGUGUCAUGUCUGUGAAGCAAUGUCUGCAUAUGGUUUUGUCAAAUCAAAGCUCAUUAUUUUGUAUUUGAGAAUAUAAUCUGAAGAACAAA